GGUCCCGGCGCCAACAGCGGGAUGGCCAGCUGGUUCCCUUCAGGGGUGGCCGCCCCCGCCUCCCCACCCCCACGCCGGGGCUGUAAUCCGAGCCGCUUCGGCGCCUCCCCCAGCUCCUCCCGCGCCUGCGGUCCCCGCAGCCCACGCGCCCGGAGCCCCCACAGCAAGUCCGCAGGCGCCAUGGCCCGCGGGGCCUGCGUCCCCUGGGCGUCGUCGGGGGCCCGCGCGCAGGCCGGCUGGUGGGGGGCCGUGCUGGGCGCCCUGUGCCUGCUGCCCGUGCUCCUGCUGCUGGUCCGGCUGGGGGCCCUGCCGGCUGCCCGGCCCGCCUCAAGCGCAGCGCAGGAAGACGCCGCCGCGCCCCACCCCGCGGGUGUUCUCACCACCCCGGGGCCCGGUCCGCUGCUCCCCCAGGCGCCCCGCAGACGCCGCUACACGCUGACCCCGGCCAGGCUGCGCUGGGACCACUUCAACCUCACAUACAGGAUCCUCUCCUUCCCGCGGAAUCUUCUGAGUCCCGGCGAGACCCGGCGGGGCCUGGCCGCCGCCUUCCGCAUGUGGAGUGACGUCUCCCCCUUCAGCUUCCGCGAGGUGGCCCCAGAGCAGCCCAGUGACCUCCGAAUAGGCUUCUACCCGGCCAACCACACCGACUGCCUGGUGUCCGCGCUGCACCACUGCUUCGACGGCCCCACGGGCGAGCUGGCCCACGCCUUCUUCCCCCCGCACGGCGGCAUCCACUUCGACGACAGCGAGUACUGGGUCCUGGGCCCCACGCGCUACAGCUGGAAGAAAGGCGUGUGGCUGACCGACCUGGUGCACGUGGCGGCCCACGAGAUCGGCCACGCGCUGGGCCUGAUGCACUCGCAGCACGGCCGCGCGCUCAUGCACCUCAACGCCACGCUGCGCGGCUGGAAGGCGCUGUCGCAGGAUGAGCUGUGGGGGCUGCACCGGCUCUACGGCUGCCUGGACCGGCUGUUCGUGUGCGCGUCCUGGGCGCGGAGGGGUUUCUGCGACGCCCGCCGGAGGCUCAUGAAGAGGUUGUGCCCCAGCAGCUGCGACUUCUGCUACGAGUUCCCCUUCCCCACGGUGGCCGCCACCGCGCCGCCCCCCAGGACCAAAACCCGGCUGGUGUCGGAGGGCCGGAACGUGACCUUCCGCUGCGGCCAGAAGAUCCUGCACAAGAAAGGCAAAGUGCACUGGUACAAGGACCAGGAGCCGCUGGAGUCCUCCUACCCUGGGUACCUGGCGCUGGGCGAGGCGCACCUGAGCAUCAUCGCCAACGCCAUCAACGAGGGCACCUACACCUGCGUGGUGCGCCGGCGGCAGCGCGUGCUCACCACCUACUCCUGGCGCGUGCGCGUGCGCCCCUGAGCGCCGGCGCUGAUAAAGGUUUUCUCUCUGACGUC